AUGACCGCCUCUUCCACAGACCUCCCGCCUCACCACUCUCCAGUUCUUGCCCCCACUGCCACCCGCCCAUCUUCGCAAUACCUCAAAGAAUGGACCGACCUACAACCGUCCGGGCCCUCUACACCUGCCGUGCCCGGGCUACUUUCUCCCCAAUUCACACCUCCAGCAACUCCUGGCGCCGGCACACCCUCCCGCCACCUGACAUCCGAACCCAAGUCCACACCCGUCGACACCUCCCUCGACGACCCGGCCGCGAAGAAGCCCCGCCUUGUUGAAAGACUGCCCCAUGUGGAAUGCGUGGUGCGCGCGCGCAUCCCCACGACCUCGGGCGCGGAGAUGUUUCUGCACCUGUACCAGAACGACAGCGACGACAAGGAGCACUUGGCCAUCGUGUUCGGCAACAGCAUACGCAGCAAGAGUCUCGAUGCCGAGCGGCCAGGCGAGACAGAGAUGGACCGUAUGAUCCGCGGCGCGUACACAGGAAGGCUGAGACCCGGGCGCGUGAGUUCCAGAGUUGAUCCUGCGGCGGGUGAGAAGCGGAGGGUUGCUGGCACGAAGGGUCGAGGCAGGGCGGGGAGCUCUGCGCUGAGGAACGUUGCAACACCAGACACGGUGCCAGAGCAUGAAGCGUUGAAUACGUCGCCGGCGGCCCAGCAGCAGACGACUUCGCUCGAAAACAGCGUCUCAUCUCUCACCCUCGCCGAGGACACCGCAGAAGACGAUGCAGAGCUCUCGAAGCCCCCGCUCGUGCGCAUUCACUCCGAAUGCUACACCGGCGAGACGGCCUGGUCAGCGCGCUGCGACUGUGGCGAACAGCUCGACGAGGCAGCGCGCCUGAUGUCCCUACCCUCCUCCACCGGCGGGGUCAUCGUCUAUCUGAGACAAGAGGGCCGCGGCAUCGGGCUGGCCAGCAAACUCAAAGCAUACAACCUACAGGAUCUGGGCAAUGACACUGUAGAGGCGAACUUGCUGCUGCGCCAUCCUGCGGACGCGCGCACGUACGGCCUAGCCACAGCGAUACUGUGCGAUUUGGGAUUAGGAAAAGAGACGGGCGCGGGCGGGGAAGAGGAGGAAGGGCUGGGCAUUCGCUUGCUGACGAACAAUCCGGACAAGGUCCGCGCGGUGGAGGGGCCGGCUAAGGAGGUGCGGGUCAGGGAGCGGGUGGCUAUGGUGCCGUUGGCGUGGAGGACCGGUGGUGUCAGGGGUGUCAAGGGCGUUGAGAUCGAGCGAUAUCUGGAUACGAAGAUCAGGCAGAUGGGGCAUAUGAUUCAUGAAUGA